AUGGGGAUGGGAAUGGUGGAGAAACAUGGGUGAUCUCCAUGAGCACAGCAUUGACCCCACUGAGUUCAGGUUCAAACUGGCGCUCAUCAACAGGAAAUACGACGAGGUGCUGCACAUGGUGAGGAACGCCAAGCUGGUGGGGCAGUCCAUCAUCGCCUACCUGCAGCGCAAGGGGUACCCCGAGGUGGCGCUGCACUUCGUCAAGGACGAGAAAACGCGCUUCAGCCUGGCCCUGGAGUGCGGCAACAUCGAGAUCGCCCUGGAAGCAGCCAAGGCGCUGGAUGACAAGGGAGAAGCUGGGCGAGGUGGCCCUGCUGCAAACCCCACUCCCCUUCCCAGAAUGCCAGAUUCCAAUCCCAAUUCCCAAUCCCUCUAAUCCCAGAAUUCCAUAAUUCCCUCAGGAUAGAUCGCCCUGGAAGCAGCCAAGGCUCUGGAUGACAAGGGAGAAGCUGGGCGAGGUGGCCCUGCUGCAAACCCUGCUCCCAGUUCCAGAAUCCCAGGAUCCCAAUCCCAAUCCCAAUUCCCAAUCCCUCUAACCCCGGAAUUCCAUAAUUCCCUCAGGAUAGAUCGCCCUGGAAGCAGCCAAGGUGCUGCACAACAGGGGCUGCUGGGAGAAGCUGGGCGAGGUUUCCCAGCUGCAAACCCUGCUCCCAGUCCCAGAAUCCCAGGAUCCCAAUCCCAAUUCCCAAUCCCUCUAACCCCGGAAUUCCAUAAUUCCCUCAGGAG